AUGUGCCAUGCCACCUUCCUGGCACCCCAGAAGCUUUUCUCUUCCCAGGUGCUGCUGCCCUACACCUGUUCCCAGCUGCCAGAAGUGCAGAAGAGAGCCAUGGCACAGAUCGCUAGGCUGCUCAACUUCAUCAACAACUCCUCAGGGCUGGAGAGGAAGAUCCUCAGACAUGAGUGCCCCAAGAUCCAGAAGUUUGGUCUGCUGGGGAAGCUGGUGGGGCAGCUCACCCUCUCCUGCACCUGCAAGGACAAGGAGACCUCCUGCGAGGCUGCAGAAGCUCUCUAUGAACUGCACAUCUUCGUCCUGCAGCAGACAAGCAAGGUGGAGUGGAUGGAUUACAGUGGGCAGCUGCAGCCUCUGGUGGGCUCACAGAAGCAGUCUUGGAUGUUCUUCAGGGAGUAUCGUGCCAGGAGACUCUUCUCGAUGUUCACAGAAUGCCUCCAGCCCUCCGGCCGGGCAGAGAUCAUCCUCAUGGCCAUCGCGGCCAUGGAGCCCACAAGCGGCUACAAUGUCAGCGUGGCUGCCCACAUGGUCAGCAGCCUUGUGGUGGACUCUUCCUUCCUGCCAGGAACGGUGAGGAAGAUUGUGAGUGCCAUCUACAGAAAGCUGCCUUCCAUCAAGGCACUGGUAGCCCUCAAGAGCCUGGACAGAGCCCUGCUGGCGCUGAUGGACCAAGACCCCAGAGCGGUGGUGGCCACUCUCUUGCACUUCUCACAAAGGAGCAGCAGGUAUGGGCCUCAGCAGCCUUUGGGGCUUCUCUCCCACUGGCAGUGGGGCCCCGAGACCAUCCUGAGGGACUUCAGCCUGGCCACCCUUCACGGUGUCCCUGCUGACAGAGCCCUGUGUCCCUUCAGGGCUGCCAGCACUAUGUGGAACGUGGUGCUCUCCAAGCCCCAGACCAGGGAGAAGGUGCUGCAGGAGCUGGUCAGAGUGAUGAUGGACAGGUCGCAGCGCAAGACCUGCAUCGAGACCGACCCACGCCUCUUCUGCAUGGCUGCCAUCAAGAUCGUAGGCAAGAUCGUCCUGCAGCCCACCUGCCAGCAGGAGGUGAAGGCAAUUUCCCCCCAGCUUUUCCUGGCACUGCUUUUCCAAGUGUCAUUCACCACUGAGCUGAUGCCUGCGGAGGUGCUGAUGUGGUCUGCCGUGCAGUCCAUGAGAGCGCUGCUCUGCAGCAUGGGCUUGGAGAGCCAGGUGCUGGCCAUCCAGGAACAGGGGGGCUGGGACGCCCUGCUCAGAGCCAAGACCCACCUCAUGGGAGUGCGCAUCGUGGCCAGGGAGAUGAUGGAGAUGCCAACGCUCCUGCGCUCCACCUUCUUCUGCCAGCUGGCAGAGAUCCUCAGCGGGAAGGACCCGAGCUGUGAGAUGAUUGCCAUGGUCUUCUUCAUUGAGACAGUGGAGUGCUCUGACUGUGAGGAGGAGCUGCAACGUGCCCUGAAAAUCCUGGCCAUGUCUCUGCAGAGCCAGUGCCUGGGGAUGCCCAGCCUGGUGCUCAGAGCCAUCCUCAGGCUCACCCAGAGGCCCGACACAGCAAGGAAAACCCUCGUCCUGCUGCCACUCGUCCUGGAGCGGCUGCGGGAUGACGACGGCGCCAGCAGCGCCGCAGCCCUGCCCGUGCUCGCCGCCAUGCUGCGGCUGCUUGAGGGGAGGAGGCUCAACCUCGCCGCCCUGGAGCUGGCUGACAAGCUCUGGCCCCUCUUUGGCAACGAGUCGGACACUGUGCGGGAGCUCUCCAUCCGUCUCUUCCGAGAUGCGAUGAGGCUCGUGGCGCGCCAAGGGAAGGAAAAGAUGAAGAAGGUGGUGUGCAACAGCCUGCUGCCACUGCUCUUCCACCUGCACGACGAGAGCAAGAGUGUGGCCCAGCAUCAGUCCCCAGCCGGUGCAUCUUCCCCAGAUGGCCCAGGACAGGCGGCUCUGAGCCCUGCCAAGAGAGGGGGCACCGGGUCCUGCGCCCCUGCUAAUGGUGGUGGCAUCUCUGCUGCUCUCCAGGCCUCCCAGGAAGCUCUCCGCAGCGCUGGCCACUUCCUGAACUGGAGGAGGCUGGCACAGCUGGCUGGGACUCAGCAGGCAUGGAGCAUCCGCGAGCGCUUGCUGUCCAAGAACAGGAGCAGGGCCAAGGACUACCUGCACCAGAGCCAGAGCUACCUGCGGAACCCUCAGGAGGCCCUGCGGCUGGAGGCUGUGAGGUUCAUUGGCCUCAUCGGAAGACUGAUGGAUGAACGGGAGGACAUGGAGCAUGUCAGAGAGGUCCUUGAAGAUGCGAGGAUAGAUGACAGCCCCCUGGUCUCCUCCCUGCUGACUCAGACCAUCCUUAUCCUUGGACAAACAAGUUCGGAAGCCCAAAAGCUGCUUUCCAGGAGAAACGCCAUCAAGAUCGUAGGCAAGAUCGUCCUGCAGCCCGCCUGCCAGCAGGAGUGGCUGCUGCAGGAGGAGCCCAUUGACUGCCUGGACACCGCGGUGCGGCAGCAAGCCAUGCUGGCCACGGCCACCAUGAGUAGAGCCAGGCUGCUUCAGCAAGACAAGUACAGCAUCCUGCAGGCCUGCUUCAAGAGCGUCUUCAGCCUGCCUCCACAGCACAGCCGGGGCUCUGUGGCUUUCCUCUACUCCAAGACCCUGUCUGCGAUGGACAGCAUGUUGCAGGCACUGGUCUGCAGCGCUGGCACCCUUGGCGGCGUGGAGCUCCAAAACAUCUUGAAGGUGCUGCUGCCCUACACCUGUUCCCAGCUGCCAGAGGUGCAGAAGAGAGCCAUGGCACAGAUCGCUAGGCUGCUCAACUUCAUCAACAACUCCUCAGGGCUGGAGAUCUGCCCCUGUUUUGCACAGAGGAAGAUCCUCAGACAUGAGUGCCCCAAGAUCCAGAAGUUUGGUCUGCUGGGGAAGCUGGUGGGGCAGCUCACCCUCUCCUGCACCUGCAAGGACAAGGAGACCUCCUGCGAGGCUGCAGAAGCUCUCUAUGAACUGCACAUCUUCGUCCUGCAGCAGACAAGCAAGGUGGAGUGGAUGGAUUACAGUGGGCAGCUGCAGCCUCUGGUGGGCUCACAGAAGCAGCCUUGGAUGUUCCUCAGCGAGAAUCGUGCCAGGAGACUCUUCUCGACAGUGGAGUGCUCUGACUGUGAGGAGGAGCUGCAACGUGCCCUGAAAAUCCUGGCCAUGUCUCUGCAGAGCCAGUGCCUGGGGAUGCCCAGCCUGGUGCUCAGAGCCAUCCUCAGGCUCACCCAGAGGCCCGACACAGCAAGGAAAACCCUCGUCCUGCUGCCACUCGUCCUGGAGCGGCUGCGGGAUGACGACGGCGCCAGCAGCGCCGCAGCCCUGCCCGUGCUCGCCGCCAUGCUGCGGCUGCUUGAGGGGAGGAGGCUCAACCUCGCCGCCCUGGAGCUGGCUGACAAGCUCUGGCCCCUCUUUGGCAACGAGUCGGACACUGUGCGGGAGCUCUCCAUCCGUCUCUUCCGAGAUGCGAUGAGGCUCGUGGCGCGCCAAGGGAAGGAAAAGAUGAAGAAGGUGGUGUGCAACAGCCUGCUGCCACUGCUCUUCCACCUGCACGACGAGAGCAAGAGUGUGGCCCAGCAUCAGUCCCCAGCCGGUGCAUCUUCCCCAGAUGGCCCAGGACAGGCGGCUCUGAGCCCUGCCAAGAGAGGGGGCACCGGGUCCUGUGCCCCUGCUAAUGGUGGUGGCAUCUCUGCUGCUCUCCAGGCCUCCCAGGAAGCUCUCCGCAGCGCUGGCCACUUCCUGAACUGGAGGAGGCUGGCACAGCUGGCUGGGACUCAGCAGGCAUGGAGCAUCCGCGAGCGCUUGCUGUCCAAGAACAGGAGCAGGGCCAAGGACUACCUGCACCAGAGCCAGAGCUACCUGCGGAACCCUCAGGAGGCCCUGCGGCUGGAGGCUGUGAGGUUCAUUGGCCUCAUCGGAAGACUGAUGGAUGAACGGGAGGACAUGGAGCAUGUCAGAGAGGUCCUUCGAGAUGCGAGGAGAGAUGACAGCCCCCUGGUCUCCUCCCUGCUGACUCAGACCAUCCUUAUCCUUGGCGAAGAAGGGUGA